UUUGGGAAGCGAAAAGAAGGAACACAAACUCACGGGUUCAAUAUGGGAUUUGUCACCUUCCUCUUCCCUUCUCUCUCUCUCUCUUCCCCUGCUCAGCUAGCUGUACCCUGCCGAAUCUAUUUUUAGUCUUUCCGUCUCUCUCUAAUUUAAUAAUUAAAGGAUUUUUGUUUGUUCUUUCUUCUCAUUCCUCCUCUCUCAUUCCUCACAUCAGACUGUCAGACUAAUCUAAUCAGAGUCAGGUUCACGAGACUCCCCUGGUUUAUUAAGUGCACAGAUUCUAUAGCCGCAAAGGACACAGCAAUUUUAUUAAUAUUUGCUUUAUCUUCUACUGCUGCUGCUGCAGCUCUUUCUCUAUCAUCAUUCGGAUUCUCUUUUUCCACUUCAAUAUAUCUCAACUAAGAGAAACCCAUUACAAAAUAAACAACCAUAAAGCAUUUGGGUUUGGGACCAAACCUGUAUUUGAGUUGACAGAUUGUUGCUCGUUAAUUUGUGUUUGGGAGAGGGCCUGGCCUUUGUUUUCCAACUAACAGUAAUAUGGCAAGAGAAGAAAAGAGAAAAAUGAUGGCCUCCGCAUCUUCUUCCUGCAACAAUAAUCUUAAUGCAGAAGCUGAAUCCCAGGACGCCCUCUCCUUCCACAAGUCCCUCCAAGAACUUAAAGAUUUGCGUUCCCAACUCCACUAUGCUGCCGAUUACUCUGAAACGAAGUUCUUGCGUGCGGAAGAGAAGAAAAUUGUAAUGGAAGACACCAAAGAGUACAUAUGCAAGGCUGUGGUAGCUGUCGUUGAUCAUCUUGGAACCAUCGCAGCUGACCUCGAUUCCCAGCUUUCUAAGACUAACUCUUUUUCUGAUGCCGAUCUUCGAAUCAUUUGCUUGAAUCAGAGACUCGCCAUGUGCCAAGAGUAUGCUCACAAUCUUGACAUAGCGAGAGUGCGUUGGAGCACGAUCCUGCCGAGGCAUUAUCCACAGUAUAUAUCAACAUAUGCAGAGAAGAGUGGAUCUGAGCCUUGCCAGAGGUUCCGAGGUUGUAAUACUAGCCUGAAGCAGUUCAGGGAAUCUGAUAAACCAAGUGCUGCUAAAAUCACAACUAAGCGUGAGUUUCAAAUAGAGAAAAUGUCACCUUUAUUAUGCAGACACACUCACAAGCCCUCUCAAGAAAGUAAUUCAAGUUUUGGUUUUGGUACCAUAAAAUGGCACACCAGUCUAACUUCAGUGUUGCCCGUUCCUAGGAGCCUGCCCACGGCAAAAUUUCACCCUACUUUCCAUUUCCAGAGUGCUCAGAAGGUUGGACGCAGAUCGUCGGCGCAUAGGAAAUCAUUUCUGAAGAAUGAUAUCUUAUCUCUACUUGGAUGGAAUAAACAACCAGCAUAGAUUAUUUAGGAACUAUGUAUAUAAAUGCAUGUUCCCUUAUCCUCCUCGGGACUGAAAACUUUAUGUGCAUAGCAUAAUAAAUGCUACAAGUUUAUUGCAGGGUCAUGUGAAAUAUUUGUUAAGAAAAAGGAAUGUGAAUUCCAGUUGGGAAAAAGGGUUGGAGUAGAA